AUGGCAGAGGCAUCUCUUGAGGAGAACCCCGUCGACAUAGACCCCGAUUUCGAGCCCCAGAAAAGGCCUAGGUCUUGCACAUGGCCUCUGCCCAGACCGGAGUCCGAUGCGGGCAAAGCCGAACCAGGAGAAGUGGGCAUCAUUCCAGAGGAAGAGGUGGAUGAAAAUGUCACUGAUGAAGCUUGUGCAUCUAGCAACAUUACUGAUUCAUCAAAGGCUGCCAAUACAGAAUCAAAGCCAACAAGCAAUAGCACUGCUACCCCUGUCAUAGAAACCAAUGUUGCAAUCAAUGAUAAAGACAGUUAUGGGUCUCCAAUAUCUUCCCAACAAGUGCUGGCUGCUGCAUGCAGUGACUCCAGCGCCAAUGGCAUUGUUCCUCAACAGCCCAGAAAAUCUUCUGCCCGCAGGAACGCUUGGGGAAACUAUUCCUACGCAGAUCUCAUCACUCAAGCUAUCGAGAGCUCACCGGAGAAGAGGCUGACAUUGGCCCAGAUUUACGAUUGGAUGGUCCGAAAUGUGCCAUACUUCAAGGACAAAGGUGACAGCAACAGCUCCGCAGGGUGGAAGAACUCGAUUCGACAUAACUUGUCACUCCAUAGUCGCUUCGUCCGGGUCCAGAAUGAGGGGACAGGAAAGAGUUCAUGGUGGAUGGUCAACCCAGAUGGUGGAAAAGGGGGCAAAGCCCCACGGAGGCGUGCUGUUUCCAUGGACAACAGUAAUAAGCUGAUCAAAAGUGCCCGUGGCCGUGCUGCAAAAAAGAAGGCAGCUCUACAGGCUACUCAGGACGGAAGCUCUGAGAGUUCCUCCAACUUGUCCAAAUGGACCGGGAGCCCGAUGUCCCGUAGCAGCGACGAGCUCGAUGCUUGGACAGAUUUCCGUUCUCGCACUAAUUCAAAUGCCAGCACCCUAAGUGGACGUCUUUCGCCAAUCCUGGCCAAUCUGGAGGUGGAUGAAGUUCCCGAUGAUGACUCUCCACUGUCACCCAUGCUGUACUCUAGCCCUAGUAGUAUGUCACCAUCUACCGGCCUAACUGAACUGCCCCGUCUGGCUGACCUCGCAGGAACCAUGAACCUCAACGACGGCCUCUCCGACAACCUAAUGGAUGACUUUCUUGACAACAUCAGCUUGACGGCUUCCCAAUCUCCAGGUCAAGAUGAGAGUGGGGGCAACCUACAGGGAAGCCCUGUGUUUACUUUCAGCUGCUCUGGAAGCAGUCUGGCAAUUCCAUCUGGCAGCUACGGUCCUAGUUCCAUGUUCAGCCCACCGUCCAUCACUGGCUUGAGGCAGUCUCCAAUGCAAACAAUCCAGGAAAACAAACAGGCUACGUUCUCCUGCGGUUCCCUCUUUAGUGAGCAAAGUCUGCAGGAUUUGCUUAGCUCAGAGUCCCACAGUCGCAUUGAUGUCCUUCUUACCCAGUCUGACCCUCUGAUGUCUCAAGCCAGUGCCUCGCUCUCGUCACAGAAUGCUCGUCGCAGUGCUCUGUUGCUGCGUAAUGACCCCAUGUUUUCCAACCAGGCUGGGCCUGGUGGACAAGCGGGACUCAAGAAGGCGUCGCCUUCCGGAUGGCGGAUGAACAAUGUAUCGAGCAGUGAGUCAGACUACCAAAGCUUGAUGAAGCAACAUCUCCAACAGUCUCCCUUCAGAAGCACAUCUGUGCAGCUCAACUCCUCUGAUUCGUUGUUGGUAGGUCUCAACGGCAGUGUGAACUCAGUUCACUCAGUGUCUCAGGAUCGAUUCCCAUCAGACUUGGAUCUCGAAGCGCUAAGUGGCAGUCUCGAUUGUGAUAUAGACGCCAUCACCCGCAAUGACCUAAUGGAUGCUGAAGGCCUGGAGUUCAGCUUUGAUUCACAUCUCUUCUCCUCUCAGAAUGCUAACCUGACUUCAGGGAGCUUCUCUGGGACCAAACAAACCUCCUCUCAAAGCUGGGUACCAGGUUGAUCAGGACAGUCCCAGGAAUGUAGUGUCAUGGCAGAACACAACAUUUGAGCCAAUGUCCUAUGUAAAACAACUGUACAGUGUGCUGUAGAAAAGCUAUUUGAAAUCCAUUGGAAUGAGUUUAAUUCAACUUCAAUGAUUUACCCAGUUGGUGGUGUUAUAGUUUUGUGGCUGUAUGUUUUAUAUUGUCAUGAUUGAGACUUGUUUGAUGGAUGGUUUGAAGAGUUUUAUCAAAAUUUAGCUUGAAUUGCUUGCAGUUUAAUCUAAUCACCAAGUAUUGAACUCAGCUGCUCGAGUAGAGUAUUGUAUUGUGAAGGUUGUCUCUAUAUUUUGUCUUGGCCAUCAGUACUUUCCUUGGCCCAUUUAGGAAAAAAAGCAACUUAAACCAACGCUCUAGCAACAGCACCAAUGCAAAUUAGGGCACCUGCACACUAGAGAAAGUGCAAAUGGACCAUUGACAGAUUGGAAUGGGAAAAUGUGUUUUGAGAGUGUGGAAAGAACAGGGUUAGUUCGGAAGCAAGUGGGAAAUACAGUGAAGUGCAUCUGGACCUGUUUCUGUGAAUUGUUUUUUUCCUUGUUGCAGCAAAAGUUACAAUUUUCUCAGCCUUUUAUCGCAUGACGGAGCGUCGCUUUCACAAACCGUUACAUUUUUCUGAUGUCUUUGCAUUGCACAAUUCCAAUUGAAAUCAAAGGAUUUGCAGCGUUCUCUGAUGCAACGUAAACUCUAGUAUGUAGCCGCACUUAGUUUGUUGUAAUUAUUUGUAACUGUGAUCGAGAUUUCUAGUCAUCAAAUCGAAACAAACACUUGCCUUUUACCAAACUAGUCCUUAGGACAAUUACAUCGAAAUUGUGUUUUGUGAAACCAGUGAUGAUUAUGUAACUGACUCGUUUUACAGAUAAAUUAAUUAUGAUAUGAUGAUAAGCUAAAUAUUUAGUGUUCUGCUGUAUGAAACUAGUUUAUCAGUGUUUUCCAUGAAUUUCCUAACACAACCUUUGUGUGCAUUUAUCCUGCUCCGAUUUCUUGAGCACCUCCAUCACCUCUAAACGACGUUCACUUCCAACAUAAAAUAUUUUAGAACAGAUAAUGAGCUAUAGAUUAAUAUUGCUGCUGGUAUAUACACACACACACAGGGCCUUGUUAAGUAAACUUGAGCAGAACAAAUAUCUUUAUGUUGUAAAACCAGACAAUUUACAAUUCGUAAAAUCUGUCUUGUGUGCAAUUUACUUAAAAAUUGUUUUACAAAUUUCUGUGUGAAUUUGGUUGGAAUAAAACAUUCUUUAGAUCAAUUUUAGCAUUCACAAUUUAUACAGAAAUUCAUAAAACCAUUUUUGCAUGCAGCUAUUGAUGCAUUCACAAUUUAUAAAGAAAUUAAAAAAAACAUUCUUGCAUACGACUGUAUUUAUAAAAGUGGUUCUUUGUAAAUUGUCUGUAAAAACCAUUAAAUUUACAGUAUUCAGGAUUCGUAAAGCCAUUCAUAUGUGCAACAAUUUACAUUAACCGUUUUGCAACUAUUCAUAAAGCUAUUCUUAAGUCAAUUGUCACGUUUUAUGCCCAAGGUGUAUAUAGCUUGUACACAAACUGUACACUGUAGAUGUUUGUGCAUGUACAUUUUUGUUUUGUGACAGUUAACGUAAGAAUGGUUUAAGAAUUUUUGUGUUGUUUCAUGUAGAAGGCCCAUAGUGUUUGUGUACAUAUACUGUACACUGUAUAUGUGUGUGUAUAUACACAGAAAUAUUGGAUUCAUUGUGUGUAUAUAUAUAUACAUACACACACUGAUCAGCCACAACAUUAAAACUGCCUGACUAAUAUAGUGUAUGUCCCCCUCGUGCCACCAAAACAGUUACCGUAGACUUUGUCAGUUCGAACCAGUCUGGCCAACCUCUCGUCAACAAGGCGUUUCCGUCUGCAAAACCGCCACUCACUGGAUGUUUUUUGCACCAUUCUGAGUAAAUUCUAGAGUCUGUUGUGUGUGAAAAUCCCAGAAAUACUCAAACCAGCCCAUCUUGCACCAACAAUCCAUGCCACAGUCCAAAUCACCAAGACCACAUUCUUCCCCAUUCUAAUGGGUGACGUGAACAGUAACUGAAAAUCCUGACACGUAUCUGCGUGAUUUUAUGUACUGCACUGCUGCCACACGAUUGGCUGAUUAGAUAAUCGCAUGGAUGAUUGUUGGUGCCAGACGAGCUGGUUUGAGUAUUUCUGUAACCGCUGAUCUUCUACAAUUUACUCAGAAUGGGGCCAAAAACAAAAAAAACAUCUAGCAGUUCUGCGGACGUAAACGCAUUGUUGAUGAGAGAGGUCAACAGAGAAUGGCCAGACUGGUUUGAAAUGACAAAGUCUACAGUAACUCAGAUAACCACUCUGUACAAUUGUGAUGAGAAGAAUAUCAUCUCUUAAUGCUAUUCUGAGAUGCGGGUUGGCGCUGUUUUGGCAGCUCGAGGGAGACCUACACAAUAUUAGGCAAGAGGUUUUAAUGUUGUGGCUUAUCAGUGUGUGUGUGUGUGUGUGUGUGUGUAUAUAUAUAUAGAAAUAUAAAUUACUUAUAGAUAUCAGAACGAUGAAUAAGGAUCACUAGAUGUUUGUGUCUUUGUAACGGGAGAGAAGAAACUAAGAGCAUUUGGUGCUAAGUGAAAUUGUGUUUGGUCAGUUCAUAUGACUGACAUUUUGUGUGUACAUAUUUGUACAGUGGGUGGUGCUAGUAGAAAGCAGUUUCAAUUGUGAUGGCAAUAUAUUUCAAGCAUUCUAAUACUUUUAAAAUGAAAAGCAACCACAUUGUAGUAUUACAUCCUGUAUGGACAAGCUACAGCUGAAGUCAGAUGUUUACAUACACUUACGUUGAAGUCAUUAAACUCCUUUUUUUAACCACUCCUCAGAUUUCAUAUCAGUAAACUAUAGCUUUAGCAAGUCGUUUAGGACAUCUACUUUGUGUAUGACAAAAGUCAUUUUUCCAACAAUUGUUUACAGACCGAUUGUUUCACUUUUUAUCAACUAUUUCACAAUUCCUGUGGGUCAGAAUUUUACAUACACUAAGUUAACUGUGCCUUUAAGCAUCUUGGAAAAGUCCAGAAAAUUAUGUCAAGCCUUUUAGGCAAUUAGCCAAUUAGCUUCUGAUUGUCUUAUUGGAGUCAAUUGGAGGUUUACCUGUGGAUGUAUUUUAAGGCAUACCUUCAAACUCAGUGCCUCUAUGCUUGACAUCAUGGAAAAACCAAAAUAAAUCAGCCAGUUUGUGGACCUCCACAAGUCUGGAUCAUCCUUGGGAGCAAUUUACAAAUGUUACCUUGUUCAUCUGUACAAAAAAUAGUAUGCAAGUAUAAACACCAUGGGUCCACACAGCCAUCAAACCUCUCAGGAAGGAGACGCAUUCUGUCUCCUAGAGAUUAUCAUAGUUUUGUGCGAAAGUGCAAAUCAAUCUAAGAACAACAGUAAAGGACCUUGUGAAGAUGCCGGAGGAAACAGGUUGACGAGUAUCUAUAUCCACAGCAAAAUGAGAUAUAUAUUAACAUAACAUGAAAGGCUGCUCGGCAAGGAAGAAUUCACUGCUCCAAAACCGCCAUAAAAAAGACAGACUUCCGUUUGCAAGUGCACAUGGGGACAAAGAUCUUACUAUUUGGAGAAAUGUCCUCUGGUCUAAUGAAAAGAAUGUUGAACUUUUUGGCCAUAAUGACCAUCGUUAUGUUUUGAGGAAAAAGGGUGAGGCUUGCCAGCCAAAGAACACCAUCCCAACCAUGAAGCAUGGGGGGUGGCAGCAUCAUGUUGCUGCAGGAGGGACUGGUGCACUUCACAAAAUGGACGGCAUCAUGAGGAAGGAAAAUUAUGUGGAAAUGUUGAAGCUACAUCUCAAGACAUCAGCCAGGAAGUUGAAGCAUGGUUGCAAAUGGGUCUUCCAAAUGGACAAUGACCCCCCAAGCAUAGAUCUAAAGUUGACAAAAUGGCUCAAGGCCAACAAAGUCAAGAUAUUGGAGUGGCCAUCACAAAGCCCUGACCUCAAACUGAUAGAAGAUUUGUGGGCAGAACUGAAAAAGCGUGUGGGAGCAAGGAGACCUAAAUACCUGACUCAGUUACACCAGUUCUGUCUGGAGUAAUGGGCCAAAAUUCCAGCAACUUAUUGUGAGAAGCUUGUGGAAGGCUCCCCAAAACAUGUUACCCAAGUUAAACAAUUUAAAGGCAAUGCUACCAAAUACUAACAAAGUGUAUGUAAACUUCUGACACAUUGGGAAUGUGAUGGAAGUAAUAAAAGCUGAAAUAAAUAAUUCUCCACUAUUAUUCAGACAUUUCACAUUCUUAAAAUAAAGUAGUGAUCCUAACUGACCUAAAACAGGAAAUAUUUUCUAUGAUUAAAUGUCAAGAAUUGUGAAAAACUGAGUUUAAAUGUAUUUCGUUAAGGUGUAUGUAAACUUCUGACUGACCAACUGUAUGUAAGAAAGCACCUGCAUUACUUUGUACUGUAUUUCACAAGUUUUCUUGAAACAUAAUUUGAGGCUGAAUAGAAAUAAUGCAACUAUUUAGUUUGUUAAAAUAGUAGUGCCAUUCAGAGACAUUAAAAGUUAUUUUAAAAUGUGCAAAAAGACUUUUAAGUAGUUCUUUUGACAUCAGUCGAUUGUACCUUGGUUAAAGUCAGACACGUGCCCAGAAUUUUCAUAAACCUCUCAAGCACUGGAGUCGAUAGUGCUGUGUUUACCUUUGUUUACUCAAUUUCACAUUGUGUAAUCUCCUCUCAGCAUAACAAUUUGCCUAAAUGUAAAUGCAUUUAAAUGAUAUCUUGGCCCGGUACAUUUUUUAGGACAGCUUAGAUCAGUUUUGAUUCAUUGUUAAUAAUCUUAAUCGUUAAGAGAGAAUUCAAAUGAAUAAAAAAACACACAUCUAAAUGUGUCAAUUCAAACCACAAUCGGCCAUUAUAGUUACCAGUACUAGAUUCUUGACUUUACCAGUGUAUUUCCAUUUUGGAUCAUGUAAACUAGGUAGUUCAAGGCAAGGUGCAUGUAAAUAAAGCUUGUACAACACAA